UCUCAGCUUCACCGUAGAGUUGGUACCAGGGAGAUGGAGGGCGACUGGGUCACCACAGGAGUAGUGGUGUCCAAGUCAGAGACAAGACUGAGUGGGAAUGGUAAAAAUUUUGUUAUCUGGAAGCUGAGCGACUUGGAGGACUGUGAUAAAAUUGUGUCAUUUUUCCUGUUUGGAGAGGUUUACAAGCACCUGUGGAAGACAGAGACUGGGAAAGUAAUAGCUGUGCUCAACCCCUCAAUAAUGCCUGUCUCUGAAAAGAAACAAAAUUCCUUCGAUGUCAGCUUCACUGUUGAUAACUAUCAGAAAGUGAUGAUAUUAGGAAUGUCCAAGGAUAUGGGGAGGUGCAGAGCCAAAACUAAAUCUGGACAGGACUGCUCUAACUUCAUUAACAAGAGUCAAGGAGAAUUCUGUACAUACCAUGUGCAAUAUGGCUACAAAAAAACCUGCUCACAAAGAGUUGAACUCCAGGCAAGGUGAGGAGAGAGAUAUUUCAUGUUAUUAAAGAUUUUUAGACCCUUUUCACAUUAAGUUGUACACUUAUCUGCAUGCCAUCAAUUUCAGGGGUUAACAAUUAAUAGACUGGCUUUUACGUAUGAAAGUCAUCUAAACAGAAUCCACCCAUAUAGCAUGUCCCCCUCCCCCAAGUAAUAUAAUUAUGUUGGGACCAGUCAAAACAUUGCGAUACAGCUAAGAGCACAUCACAAGUGCACAUCAUGUAAAAAGGGACUAACUUUUCAAAGCAUCAGGAUAUAAAUCCUUCAUAAGCCCUGAGCAAUCUUAACACAGGUGAAUUAUUUAAAACAUUAACAAGUUGAACUAUCACUUUUUUUUUUACAUGAAAUCACAUUUUUUUCAUGAAAUCUGCCUAGGCUACCAGUCUUCUUUUAAUUUAAGCCAAGUAGCAAGUUAAAUUUUUGGGGACUGCAUGAUAGCAGAUAGUGAUAACAUGAAAUAGUUAGGUGUUAACAAUAUAAUAGCUGUCCUCGUAAAAUGGAAUUUGUUAAUCAGCAAGUAAAAAGCUUAAAAUGUCAAUACAAUUUCUUUUUUUUUUUCACAUUGAUUUAAGUGAAUACUAAUAAAAGCUACCAGU